AAAUUUGGUGGUCCAAACGGUCGUCCCAUUGGUCAAUCAGCUGAUUGCAGCAAGCUAGCCGGUUGUUUUGAACAAAUCGUUUAUUGCAGUCAUCAUUGAAACUGAAAGUUGUAUGCUCCGAAAUUUAACAAGAAACGAAGUUUUAAAUCAGACUACUGUACACAAACCAUGGGUGAUGCCAGAGCAUACCAAGCAGCAAUGAACGCUGGAGGUGGGUUCAUCCGAUGGGACUGGAACAAGAAUAAAUACGUCUGGGUCAGCAAAAAGGACUUACAAAAGCAAGCAAUUAACAAGAAACCUACAGCACCAUCACCUUAUGAGCAGAACAUCGCAGCCCUCAAAAAUCGGCAGCGAAAUCACAACCAGCCAUCCUUUAAAGUUCCUGUGAAGAAGGCCUACCGACAACCUUUGGUGAUGUCAAACAAGCAAGUGAAGCCCCCAGGAAAUGCAGGGAAGGGACCGAAAGCACCCUCUCCAGUCAAAAAAGUGGUCCAACCAUCCGGGGAUCGUCCAGGCAGGGAAGAACUGAUCCAGAGGAGGGAAAAGGCUAACAACAAAGAGAAUCAUCCCAUCAAGCAAGGCAGUGGAGAGGAGGCAAAUGUUGCCGCACCACCAUCUGAGCUCCUUGGUGGCCACAGCACCUUUCUGUCCAUUAUAUCCAAUCGUCUGAUCCACCUCAACGCAGCCCUGACUUUCUGGAGGAAGAACCCCGGUGCCCUCAUCACCUACCUCAAUCGCACAGCUGAUGAUUCGGUUACCGUGGAUGUGCUCCCAGUUUUGACGUUGAGUUUAGUGCGGCAGUCGCCUAAGGCUAAACUGAUAUCGAUGGGUGCCUGGCUAGAAUUUCUACCAACCCUUCACAGGCUUCUGCGCAGCAAGUUUGCAGACUACAUUAAAGUGAGUCUUGACCUGAUACGGACUCUACUCCGGCACUGGACUAAAGAGCUAGAAAAGCAGAAGUGUCCACAAAACGCCACACACCUCCUACAAAGCCAAAGUGUCUCUGGAAUCUACAGUGGCAUGGUUGCCAUGUCAGACACUGUGAGCUUGCUAGCGGAAAGACAGGGAAGUGUUGGCAAGAAAGCUAAGGUUGUUAAAGAACUUCUGGACAAGCUCUAAGCACUACUAAUGAACGGCUGAGCUCAGCUGCUGCAGGUAUUGCAUCUAAGUUUUUAUCAAUACCCGGCACAAGUUGUAUGUAAAAUAUAAUACUUCUCACUUUUGUGGAAUUGGUAAUAAGGCCAAAAAAAAAUAUAUUCGGU